AUGCGUUCUGGAGCGCCGCGCCGACUGUCGCCACUGCCCUGGGUGGCCCUGGCUUGGGCCGUGGGCUUCCUGGGCUUCCUGGGCUCCAUGGGCUCGGGGGACCCAGCGCCCGCUGGCACCUGCUGGCUCCAGCAGGGCCCGGAGGCUACCUGCAGCCGGUUGCUGAGGACGAACGUGAGCCAGGCUGAGUGCUGUAACUCCAGCAACAUCGACAUCGCCUGGUCCAACAUCACCCAGUCUGGGAACAAGAUCAAUCUCCUCGGCUUCCUGGGUGUUGUCCAUUGUACCCGGUGCAAAGGUGAGACCCUGGGCACUGGCCCAGAGUCCUGCACGCGCGUGAUGUGCCCGCCGCCGCAGUCGUGCGUCGUGGACCAGACGGGCAGCGCGCACUGCGUGCUGUGUCGCACGGAGCCCUGCCCCGUGCCGUCCAGCCCCGGCAAGGAGCUUUGCGGCAAAAACAACGUCACCUACCUCUCCUUGUGUCACCUGCGCCAGGCCACCUGCUUCCUGGGCCGCUCCAUCGGCGUGCGCCACGCCGGCAACUGCUCAGGCCCCCCACUGCAGCCAGGUGCCCAGUCGGCCGAGGAAGAGAGGAGAAACUUCGUGUGA